AUGCUUAGGAGUGUGGUGAAGUGCCAGGAGAAUCGGGGCCCAGGGUACCAAGGCCCCAUGGUAGGGGCCCCAGGGUACAAGGGCCCAGGCCUCGCAAGGUCCCAAGGUUCAAUCGAGGGUCACCAGGGACAGGGUUUCCAGUCACCAGGGGCCGGAGUACUAGUCACCAGGGACAGGGUUUCUAGUAACCGAGGACAAGGGUAUCAGUCACCAGGGACAGGGCACCAGGGACAGGGCACCAGGGACAGGGGUACCAGCUACCGGGGACAGGGGUACCAGUCACCGGGGACAGGGGUAUCGAACGUCCAGGUUACCGGGGACAGGGUUUCUAGUAACCGGGGACAAGGGUAUCAGUCACCAGGGACAAGGGGUACCAGCUACCGGGGACAGGGGUACCAGUUACCGGGGACAGGGGUAUCGAACGUCCAGGGUCAAAGGUACAAGGUUACCCUACCGGGCGCACACCAGGAUUCGAAAGAGUCGGUACAGGCCCCAAGGUCCAAGAGCACAGGGUACAAGAGCCCAGGGUAUCAGGGACCAGGGGCCCAGGGGAGGGGUACAGAGGCCCAGGGGCCCAGAGGUACAGAGGCCCAGGGGCCCAGAGGCCCAGGGGUAAGGGGCCCAGAGGCCCAGGGGUACAGGGGCCCAGGGGCCCAGGGGUACAGUGGCCCAGAUGCCCAGGGGGGGGUAGGGGCCCAGAGGCCCAGGGGUGCCCAGGGGUACAGUAGCCCAGAUGCCCAGGGGUACAGGGGCUAA